ACUGAUUCUGUCUUGAGGAUGGGAUACUAAGGGCUAAAGUUUCUCGCUGGUGCGUGUCUCUGUUUUAUGGCAAUCCUACAGUGAGCACCAUCUUCCUGGGGUGCAGGAGGUGAAGGGGAGACCGGCUCGCACUCGGGAGCAGCAAGGGGCCCGGCUUCCCUGGUCUUAUUGGCCUUGCCAGCGCUGAGAGUGGACAGGUGCUCCCAGUUACCUGCAGCAGCUCCACGGCAGAAAUGGAGAAGACGUGGAGGCAGAAGAUCUUGGAGCCAUUGUAGCCGACCACAAAGCCCUGCAGCUUCUGCCGGUGCACAGGGAAGGUGCAGCUUUGAUGUUGAGAAAGUGGAGAGGCAGCAAAGUGGGAUUCCACUUCUAUUACAGAAGAAAUAUACAUCUCUCUACACAGAAGAACGUUUACAAGAAUAAGCUCCAAACUAUUAACAGCGUUUCUGGGUCAUGCUGAUGCAAGAACUGGAUUCCCAUGGCUUUGGGCAGCUAUGCUCCUGUGGCUUUGCAAGAGCCGGAGCCGGAAGUGCUUGCCUUUUUCCCUGCCAGGACCCAGGUGUUACGUCCCAUCAGCCCUUGCGCGCCACCGUCCCUUCUCUCUUCCUCGGCGCUGCCUACGGAGGUGGCAGCCAUCUUCUCCUCGGCAUCAUGGCCGCCCUCAGACCCCUUGUGAAGCCCAAGAUCGUCAAGAAGAGAACCAAGAAGUUCAUCCGGCAUCAGUCAGACCGAUAUGUCAAAAUUAAGCGUAACUGGCGGAAACCCAGAGGCAUUGACAACAGGGUUCGUAGAAGAUUCAAGGGCCAGAUCUUGAUGCCCAACAUUGGUUAUGGAAGCAACAAAAAAACAAAGCACAUGCUGCCCAGUGGCUUCCGGAAGUUCCUGGUCCACAACGUCAAGGAGCUGGAAGUGCUGCUGAUGUGCAACAAAUCUUACUGUGCCGAGAUCGCUCACAAUGUUUCCUCCAAGAACCGCAAAGCCAUCGUGGAAAGAGCUGCCCAGCUGGCCAUCAGAGUCACCAACCCCAAUGCCAGGCUGCGCAGUGAAGAAAAUGAGUAGACAGCUCAUGUGCACGUUUUCUGUUUAAAUAAAUGUAAAAACUGCCA